GGCCUGGAGUCCAAGAUGGCGGAGUACGACCUGACGACGCGCAUAGCGCACUUCUUAGAUCGGCACUUGGUGUUCCCGCUGCUCGAGUUCCUCUCCGUGAAAGAGAUAUACAAUGAAAAGGAACUACUUCAAGGAAAACUGGAUCUCCUUAGUGACACCAAUAUGGUGGACUUUGCUAUGGAUGUCUACAAAAACCUUUAUUCUGAUGAUAUUCCUCAUGCUUUGCGUGAAAAGAGAACCACAGUUGUUGCACAGCUAAAACAGCUUCAGGCAGAAACUGAACCUAUUGUGAAAAUGUUUGAAGACCCAGAAACUACCCGGCAAAUGCAGUCUACUAGGGAUGGUCGGAUGCUAUUUGACUACUUAGCUGACAAACAUGGUUUUAGGCAAGAGUAUCUAGAUACACUCUACAGGUAUGCAAAAUUCCAGUAUGAAUGUGGCAACUAUUCAGGAGCAGCAGAAUACCUGUACUUCUUUAGAGUAUUGGUUCCAUCAACAGAUAGAAAUGCUUUGAGUUCACUCUGGGGAAAGCUGGCAUCUGAAAUUCUGAUGCAGAACUGGGAUGCUGCCAUGGAGGACCUUACAAGAUUGAAAGAGACAAUUGACAAUAAUUCCGUCAGCUCUCCUCUCCAGUCUCUUCAGCAGAGAACAUGGCUCAUUCACUGGUCCCUCUUCGUUUUCUUCAACCAUCCUAAAGGCAGAGAUAACAUAAUUGAUCUUUUUCUUUAUCAGCCCCAGUAUCUAAAUGCAAUUCAGACCAUGUGCCCACAUAUUCUUCGAUAUCUGACUACAGCAGUAAUAACAAACAAAGAUGUUCGGAAACGUAGGCAAGUGUUGAAAGACUUGGUCAAGGUUAUUCAGCAGGAAUCCUAUACCUAUAAGGACCCAAUAACAGAGUUUGUAGAGUGUUUGUAUGUGAACUUCGACUUUGAUGGAGCUCAGAAGAAGCUGAGAGAAUGUGAAUCGGUUCUUGUGAAUGAUUUCUUCUUGGUGGCAUGUCUGGAAGACUUCAUUGAGAAUGCUCGUCUCUUUAUAUUUGAGACUUUCUGUCGCAUCCACCAGUGCAUCAGCAUAAAUAUGUUGGCAGAUAAGUUAAAUAUGACCCCUGAAGAAGCUGAGCGAUGGAUUGUGAAUUUAAUUCGGAAUGCAAGGCUUGAUGCCAAGAUAGAUUCAAAAUUGGGUCAUGUUGUUAUGGGGAACAAUGCAGUAUCACCUUAUCAGCAAGUGAUUGAAAAGACCAAAAGCUUGUCUUUCCGGAGUCAGAUGUUAGCUAUGAACAUUGAGAAAAAACUGAACCUAGGCGGUAGGGCUGAGGCACCUAAUUGGGCUACUCAGGACUCUGGCUUCUACUGAAACACUUCUCGGGAAGAAAGACAACUUGAUAAGAACUUCAAUUAUGUACUGUUUUGAAGAGGUGGUAAUUAUGUGGACUUCACAGCACAUGUUGAUUUGAAUAAAAUUGGCUACUUUUAAUUGA